UUUGUCUUCAGAUUCGUUAUCUGUUUGUUCACUUGUGUGUGUGUGUCAGCACAGGAUAAAAGUCCAGCCUCCUCAUUCUCAUCUCCAGGUUUUGCUGAGUUAGAGCAACAGAAAAGUGGAAAUAUGAAGGUUUACCUGCUGCUGCUGCUGUUGCUGCCACUCUGUUCAGCUGAGCAGCAUUACAUCAAGUGUUAUGGUCAGGACUUCCUGAUGGUCAACAACAUGCUGCUGGAUUGUACUAGCAGAGUCAAACAGGCCUGCUUCACCAGAAAUAACGGAGAAAAAGGCUGCACUCGGUUGGACAAAUGCUCUGAUCCUGGCUGGACCUGUUGCUACACCGACCUCUGCAAUGCAUGAGCCAAUCACAGUUCACAGAACUCUAUCAUCAAUUAAUGCAGUGUGGUGUUGUUUCUGUUUGAGAAAUAAUGUGCAAAAAUGGUUUUUGAUUAAAAUUAACUAAGUAAACUGCAUCUGAAA